AUGGAGGGUACCGCAAACUUGGUAGUGUAUCGCGACGGUGAGAUAAUACGUAAUACUCAUGAGGGAGUGAGAUUUGUGUGCCAGAAUCCGUUUUCAUUUGUGGUUCCAUGCACCAUGACGUUUAUGGAACUUCAGAAUGGUCUCCGUCAAAGCAUGGAGAACGGUACGUUAAUGAGAGUGAGCACAAUUCUAUACCGGAAUCCGGUUGUAGUUUUUGGUGGUCUAAUACAGUUUGAUAUCAUGCCAAUCACUAACGAAGUGACUAUGCAUAAUAUGUUUCAAAUUCACCGGCAGACUCAAAUACGACAGCCACAGAUUGAGCUGUAUGUUGAGUUUGAAACUGUAGAGGCGGAAGGGAUUCAAAAUGACUUAGAGGUGGAGGAUGAUAGAGCUGCAGUGUACGAGAGAAUGAAUAGUAACAGCAAAGAUGACUUCGAAGCCACUUAUGAAGCCGGCGACGAAGACGAGGAUGGUGAUGUGGGAGUUGAGACAGCAGUUGAUAAUGUAAUGGUUCACCCCUCAAUCAGUCAACCGAUGAACGUUCCACCUUUUAUGCGUGAGUUGGAUCUCGACGCCAUGCAUGCACCAGAGUUUCCAGAAUAUUCAAACAUAGGCGUUGCUGAUCCCGAGGACGGAGAGUUUCGGAUUGGAAUGGAAUACAGUUCUAGAAAGUCGGUCGUGGCAGCAAUUAGAAGUUACACUAUCGCUAGAGGAGUUGACUACGACGUGUAUGAGUCUGAGUCACAAACGUUCUAUGCAAAAUGCAAGUUGUAUGGGCGUGGGUGCGACCGGCUUAUCCGAGCUAGCUCGAUACGGAAAAAGGAUCAUUCCAAGUUGGACUCGGACACAGUUGUUGAGGCUAUAAGGCCAUUGGUCGAGACUGACCCGUCCAUAAAGGUGAAAACUAUAAUAGCCGAAGUCCAGUCAAGGUUCAACUAUACCAUCAGUUACCGAAAGGCUUGGUUGGUAAAGCAGAAGUCCAUAGCAAAAGUUUUCGGUGAUUGGGAGGAGAAUUACCAAGCUUUGUCGUGGUGGCUCUCGGUUAUGGAUGGGAACCAGAACAUUGUGCCUAUCGCUUUUGCCUUGGUGGAAGGGGAGACAACUGAUGCGUGGCACUUCUUUCUAAGGAAUCUGCACAUCGACAGCAACUUCCUACGAGCAUUCAAAGUCCUUCACUUGCAAAAGCUUGUGGUCAAUAUUGGGUAUUCAAGAACGGUGGAGGAGUAUAACAUCAACUAUAAGAGGUUGGAAGAGCGAGGCGAGGCAUAUGCCAGGUGGUGCGAUGCCAUUGGGUAUUGGUAUUCGACGAGGGACAUCGAUGGGACCAUAUGA